AUGAUUUUAAAAAUAAUAGAUACAUAAAAGCAUUUGAACUAAACAAACAUAAUGAAAUAAAUAAAUACUUCAAAAUAAUAUAAUUAUUUAAAAGUCAUUAAUUAAUUUAUUAUUAAUACAUUAACGAUUUUUUUAAAAAAAAGAACUUUAAAAUUCAUUUAUAAAUUUUAAUAUAAUUUCAUUUACCAUUUAUUAACAAUUUUUACAUUUUAUAUUUUUAGUGGCACUUGCUUAAUUAAAUUUUUUGGUUUUAACUUAGACUCAUUUAUUUAUUUAAAUAAAAAGUGUGAGAUAUUACUAGUAGCAAAAAAGAUACAUUCAUUCAUUAUAUUGUAUAAUUUGCAAAUCUAUUUUUUCUGCUGCUUGCUUGCUUUAUUUGAGAGAGACAAAAUUAAAUUUUAUUUUUUAUCUAUUUUAAAGAGUAUAAUUAAUCAUUCUAAAUACAAUUAUUUAUUUUUUUAUCUAUUUUAAUUUUAUUUAAUUUGUAUUUCUAAAUUUAAAGAAUUUUUUUCUAUUUUAUGA